CUAUUUUCAUAUUUGAGUGGUCUCUGUUCGAGAGGAGAGAGUUAUCAUACAAACAAUCGAGCUGGAAUGAACUGUUGUCUGUAAACUCGAGCAGUGAGAGUGCUGAAGCUGUUUGGUUGAUAUCUCGAGUUAUACCAAUCCAAUUAAGGCGUGUAAGAUACCAAAAGAAAUCUCUCAAGACGAGGAAUCCGUGAAGUUCUGGUUUGAAUAAAUCGGAGUAGUGGAAGGCUUCCAUAUCGUCCGAGCAAAACACAACCUCGCAGAAACGAAACUACUCUUCAAAAGUUGAGGCUAGAGUUUGCUUCCUGUGCUCGUUGCUCGAGAGAUCAUCUAGGAGGGAAGAGUUGGUUCGUGCUUCCUCCAUUCGGUUUUUAAACAUUAAUAAACAUGCUCAUGAAUAUUUUACUAUAGAGCCUGCGUGCUCAUGUUAGCCACGUGUGGCAUUUGUUUUCAAACUAUGUUUUCCGCUACGUAUUCGAUUGCUUGUUAUGUUGUUUAUGGAUGGCUUACGUGUGAAUGAUAUUCGAGACGCCUUGUAUAAUAUGAAUGUGUUGGACUGCGGUUGACUAUUCGUAUUGUACGGCGGGUUGUUGACGUGUCCGGGGAGGUCCGGGGCGUGACACUCACUCCCACGAUCGAUUUGUUUUUUAGUUGCUUCCAGUGGCGCGCCUCCAGCUUUUUUGCCUCAGUUUCCCAGGGGCCAGUGAGCAAGCUAUUCCGGCCGUGUUACCCUGACUCAGGUAGGCGAUGGAAGAAGAGGUGGAUCUGGGUGUCCGACCCCACCCUUCUGUCACCUCCGUUUCAGUGGGGUGAGUGGCUCCGGAAGUGUGACCGGGUCGCCCUCUCCCCUGACCUCAAGUCAUCCAUCGAUAUGUUGUCUGCAGGCGGUCCCCGCUCCAUCAGCUCAUACUUAGAUGUGCCAGAUAGGCCUGAGAAGCAUAUCGUCGGUGCCGAAUCCGAUGACGAUGACGAAGAAGCCCAGCCAUUCAUCGCUUGUGUAGCUUCCACGGCCACCAAGGAAAAAGAGCAUGGAGCUCCCCCAAACCGUGUAACACAGAUUCCGAGGAGGGUGAGGGUUACUAAUACACUUGUAAUUUCCGUGUGUAUGUUUAUGUUUUUAGCUAGUUUUGGUUGUUUAAUAUUUCGGAAAUUACACACUUUUGGUGUAAUAGUUUAGUUUGUUAAAUUCUUGUAAAUUGUUUAGAUUAGAUUUAUUCUGAGCUCAAACAGGUCUACUAUCACUCAAAGGAUGGUUGGUGAACUCCACAAGUGGAAGGAAGGUGCAAAUCACAAGACAAAAAGGGAAAAUCCUGAUUUUGGUCUAUACUCGGUCGAGUAUUACCUAUACUCGAUCGGGUAUAAGGUUGAAACUUCAAAUCGGAUCAGAUCCGAAGACAAAGGAACAUGCCGGGAAGAUUUUGACCACGAUUCAGUGUCUAUACUCGAUCGGGUAGACCGACAUACCCGAUCGAGUAUGCCUUUGAGUUUAAACCCGAAAUCGGUCGAGUAUGGCUCGAAUAUCACUUUCUACACAUACUCGACCGAGUAUGAAUAUAUACUCGAUCGAGUAUACCUUUGUAACACCCCGAUUUUG